GUUGGCCGCAUCCUCAAUCUUACAGAGGCGUGUAAAGUACCACCCGAUCGUUACACCUUGGCCACCGUGCCUGAUCAGGAAACGGUGAUCUUAGUGUGGAAAAGUCUAGUUUAGUUUUUGUUCAACGAGAAAGUCACACCGUCUUGUGCAAUAAGAGUUAAGCAAGCCUUAGUGUCCCAAAUUUGUGUACGACAAUGUUGUGAUACGAAGCGGCGAGCACCACACUCUGUCACUACCACUUGGGAUCGGUUGUCACGGUGUUCCAUCUGCAAGCAGUUCAAGAGGAGGGGUAGUACCGGCAGCUAGUGAACAGUGUGGAGUUUUAUGUUAAUGCUCUGGAGCCGUGUGUGUCCUCUGGAAGGGACGGACUAGCGGCACAAACAGCCCACCGGCAGCAUCAAUUAAUUUAGCAAACAGUUAAUUCGUACAACGGUGCAAAGAUCGCCCCUUGCCGGCCGAAAGAGGAACCCGCGCGCCACCAGACGGGAAGUCGCAAUCGGGGAGCGUGCCGCUCGAGCUUGAGGACCGCGAUAAUACGAUAAUGUAACGGACGCCGGGAGUGACCGCGGGACACACCAGAAGAACUGGGACGGGCACAAAGUGUGCCGUGCCGGUCGAGCAAGGAGGAUCCUCGAGCCCCACGCGAGGAGUGAACCGGCCCUAGAGGUGUCCCCAAACCGUGUGCCGGGCCUCACAGAUCUACCGAAGUUAUGACGAAAGCUACGACACCCGACUGCCAUCGUCAGCAGCAGCAGCAGCAGCAGCAUGCAACAACACGAAGCCUUCCGCUGGUACCAGCGCUGGUCGCCGUGGCCCUGGUGCUGUGCAUUCUGCCCGGCGGAUGCAUCGGCCAGCGGGAGUCACAGCUGCGGCUCGGCAAGGCGGUAAACGUUUUCCUGCGCUACGGCUAUCUCUCGAUAUCGAUGAAGGUCAUCUCGUACAACGACAGCGAGCGAUGGCUGUUCAAGGAGCCGACGAACAACAUCUUCAAGGGAUUGGAUCUGCUCAAGACGGAAGAGUACGAGGUAAAGCCGGGCAUUUUCAACGGGGACUUCCACAUGGAGUUCUGCGACAACCGGCGCCAGCUGUUCCAGGCGUACUUCCGUGACUUCCAGAUCGAGCGGCUCGACAGCCCGUGGCGUGCGUACACCGAGGGCUGGCACCCGGAGGUGGCCGCCAAGAAGCUAGGCAUCCAAAGCAAGUACCUCGAGCGGGACGACUACUGCUACGUGUUGGUACGGGUGUCCCGCUUCCGGGACAGUGCCCGGUUCGCGAAACCGAUCCCCCCGAACCAGACGCUCGAGCCGGACGUGGGUCGCAAGGUGCAGAGUGUCGUCAUCGGUGAUACGACGUCCGCGGUCCAGUUCAUGAAUCGGUACGGGACGCACUAUAUCAACGCGUACGUGACGGGCAACUCGCUCUAUCAGGUGUUCGUGUUCAACAAGCGCAACUAUGCGCACGUGAAGGAGAAGCUGAAAACACGCGGCGUCCUAGCGCUAUCGAAGGUGGAUCUGUACGAGCACUUCGCGCCGUGGUACGUGGAGCACAUGGGCAAGAUACGGUGCGCCAGCGGGAACGCGACCGUCGAGGCGUGGGCCGCCCGGAAGCUGCGGCUGUCGUAUUACGUGUUCACCUACAGCAGCCUGCUGAAGCUGCACGGUGACGGCGCCUUGCUGCGGAUACUCAGCGAGCUGCUGCAGAACGAGGCGAUCCUGCAGCUGGAUCUGCGCUCGCUCAGCGUCAUCUUCAAGGAUCCGGCCAAGCGCGCCUGGUACGAGGAGAUCCUGGACAACUACUUGAAACUCUGGGAAGUCAACAUGUAGCGCACGUGUAGCGUAACUCACUGUCAUUAGCAACUUUAGUGGACAUAGCAUUAGUUGUUAGCGGUAGGAAUCGUACGUGGCAGCCAUUAUUUGCUGCUCGCUCCUUAUACGCAGGGCAGGAUGGGCGCCUGUAACGUUUAGUUUAGCAAUGUGGACAGGCCGACCCGGUAGCAAGGUGUAGCAAUUAAGUUCGUAGGAAUUCUUCAACUCGAAGCAUUUGCGUACAAAGCUGAGUCAAGCAUAGCCUACUGCUUCCGGUAGCGCUGCAUCCGAGACUGGCUCCAGUGACGAACGAGUGCAGCGCGUGCAUGCAGAUUCCUCCGGCCAUCAGCCUUUGCCCUGGUGGCCACCGUUUUUAAACACUAGAAGGCGAAUGCAAAUCUGCACGCCGCAGGACCAAUAUGGACGACAAUGGUGCAAAUACUAAUGAGCCAAGCAAUAGCGUAGACUAGAGACUAGACCGGAUUUGCACGGAAUCCGUAGUGUCAUACACACUGGACUUCACCCUACUUCACACUAAUGUACUACUUCCACAUGCUGUGAUAGACUUAGUUAUUAUAGUGUUGCCAGAAAUUAAGCAAGUAGCGGAGAAGGACGCUAAAUCAACAAGGGGGGGAAAACCACUUGUUGUGUGUUCGGUAGGUCCAUCCUUUGACAAAAACAGAGCGACAAAUAGAAGGUAGGGAAGGUUAGAGUACGCACAGGAUUUAAGAACCGAAACGGCAGCCUACAGUGUAGUUUCCGGUGGCCAUGACACGUGGUGGUGGUGGUCCCCCAACUAAGCCAGCCCAGCACGUGGGGACCGAUUUGUUUACCGGGACGGGAGGGUUUUAAUAUAGACGAAAGUACGACCAACAGAGGUUUGCGAGAGCAAUCGAUUUAAAAUCAACUAGUGAUAGUCAUAUUUAAGUGGGAAGUAAAUAAACCAAUCAAGCUUUAAAAGAGA